UGUCUCAAAGAAUUACCGUGAAAGUUGUGGUGUCAUUUAACAGAGUUCAGGGGCGGAGGACACAUCAGAGACAGCGGCAGGAUAUAUGGCAUUGUUGGCAAGGCUGUGCCACCCAGCGUCACAUCCCAUGAUGGAUAAUGAGCAGAUGGAUCGACGCAGACACGCUCUCAUUUGGGCACUACCUGCCACUGAACUGGCACAAGCCAGACCCUCUGUGCUCCUAUAGCGCCAUGACUCUUCCUUUGCACACCAAGUUAAUAAACUGUUGAAGUUUUCAAAUUUCAUCGAGAAAUGAUCCAAAAAAUCUGAGCCACAUGACCAGCUUUCAUAUUACUGAUGCACGCUGAGCGUAAAACAGAAGCAAAGGAACGCCGCUUGCAUUUCACCCAGUAAACUCAAAUCAUGCAAGUAUUUGCACAACACACCUCCCUAUUUUCAUUUCCUCCAGUAUUCAGUCUUGCGUUUACACACAUGCAACAGUUUUAGUCUAGUGUUCAUUUGUUCAAAUACUGUAGAUGUGAUCAAAUUUUUUUUAAUAUGUGGAUUUAAAUGAUAAAAACAUAUAUUACAUUGCCUACCAAAAAAGAUUAAGAAAUGUACAUUGAACACUUGUUCACAAUAUUUUUUCUUCCUUCUGAUUUUUUCCUUCUCCAAAUGUGGGUUUAAUUUAAUAAUGUCAUUUCUGUAGGACAUAAAACACAUAAAGAAGAAAUGUGAUCAACGCCUGUCUUGUCUCAUGUAAUUUAUUGCUUGUGAGGUAAACAGCACACUUAUGUCUCACUGAAGUGUAUUCUUUUGCAUCCGUUCAUGCUUUAAUCUAUCAAAUGAUUUGAGAUUUUCUGAUUUGAAUAUUUACUGUUAAUGCAUGACUAUCAAUAUCACAGUUUGUGUGCAUGCAUAAAAGAUGUACACAUUAACAUAAGCACGUGCAUUAUGUAUUUAAAUAAAAACAUUUUUUUUUAUUUUAUAAAGAUAUUUGCAGCCUUUUCCCCUUUAAAUUCAUCGCAAACGUUGUAGUCAUGCAAUAUUGCAUUGUUUUAUUUGCACUAAAGCGGAUACAGACAAGCAGUGCGCCGGUCUGUCAGGUGCUGUGUGUUUGUGCGCGUGUAUGUGUGUGUGUGUGCGUGCGUGUGUGUAUGUGUGUGUGUGUGUAAGACAGCGGCUCGCGAUGUCCACGCUCUCCACCACUGUUCUGGUGAUCCGAUAGUUGUGAAAAGCCACCACUAGUCGCCCCCAGUGCUCUUGCAGUCUCCAAUUUUCUUUCCCACUGUAGACUUAACGUCACGUCCGCACUUGAACUUGAAUUUUAUCCCAUUGUACGGAGGCAGCCCUCGCCACAGAGACACAGAGAGCUCCCGGAGAAGCAGGACUCCGCCAUCUUCAUAGAGGCAGAAAAGGGAGAAAAAAAAGCUUCAUUCAUUUGGAAAGGAGGUGGCAAGUCCAUGUCCCUGGUCUCCAGUGCGCAAAGCCGAAUAGGGGAGCAAGUGCAAAGAGUUGGAGAGAGUGCAAAGUAACCGGGCAUCGCAUGCUCUAAGAGCCCAGGAGAGAAGAAGAACUGUCCAGUGCUUGGCACACUCAAGUGCCAACUCAAUUGGAUUCGUUUUAUCCAAUCUAAUAAGUAAUGACCAUUUCUCUUUUUUAGAAUUAUUUGGACUCAGAGAAAGAGAGAGAGAGAGAGAAAAAAAUUCGAAUUGCCUUUGACAAAUCCACAAGGCGCAGACCGGACGAAGAGAGAGCCACCACAGGGUCCAACCUAUCCAAACGCACCGGGUAUCACAUUCUGAGACAUUUCCAGUGGUUUCUUCACAACUGUCACUCGUCAAGGAUAUUUUCGCCCUCGGACAGAUCGCGCGCGGCACACAGCUGAAGUGCAUGUGUGUGUCGCUGAGGUACUGAGCGUCUGCGCGUCUCUGGUCAUCUGGAGAGCCGGAGCGCAAAGACACUUUCGCUUCUCUCACAUUCACGGGACCCCUAUCUCUCUAUCCGCGGCUCGGAGCUGUGGCAGUUCUUUGGAAGUCCCAGGAAAAGUUUGUUACCGAGGAGGGGGAAACAAGCCCACGCCACGGACACGGAGGACAGAAGACGCGAGCCGACUAUUCCUUGUGCGGGUCUCUGGGCGAUGCCAGUGUAAAUGCCAGGGCAAUGUCCCGUCGCAAGCAGGGAAACCCUCAGCAUUUGUCGCAAAGAGAAAUUAUAACACCGGAAGCUGAGCAUGUGGAUGCGGGACUGGCCGUGGCUGAUCUCCACUCUCACUCGCUGCUGGAUCCCAGCAUGCCUGGGUCUCUGCCUCCGGGCUUGGGCGACCACGACCUCCUCACCUGUGGCCAGUGCCAACUAACCUUCCCACUGGGGGACAUUCUGCUCUUCAUCGAGCACAAGAAAAAGCAAUGCCAGGGUCUGACGACCGGCCACGGCUGCUACGACAAGAUGGCGGACCGCAAUAGCCCCUCGCCGCCCCACGCCGAGCUGAGAAAAGUGGUGGAACCGGUCGAAAUCGGAAUCCAGGUGACACCCGAAGAGGAGGACGAUAGACUGUUGACGCCCCCAAAAGGAAUUUGCCCCAAGCAAGAAAGUGGCCUGGCAGGUAGAGAUGAACCUUCGAGUUACAUAUGCACGACGUGCAAACAGCCCUUUACCAACGCCUGGUUCCUUCUGCAGCACGCUCAGAACACGCACGGGAUCCGCAUCUACUUGGAGACAAAUCCCUCGAAUACCUCCCUGACCCCACGGAUCACUAUUCCUCCCCCUAUUGGUGCUGAAUCCAUACCACAGUCUCCAUUAACCAACUUUUUGGGGGACAACAACCCCUUCCAUAUCCUACGGAUGACUGGGCCCCUACUCCGAGAGCCCCCACCAGGCUUUGUGGAAAACCGCCUCCCCAAUACACCUCCCUUUGUCAGCCCCCCUCCACGCCAUCACUUAGAUCCCCAUCGCCUGGAACGCCUUAGCGCAGAGGAAAUGGGUUUAAUCUCCCAGCAUCCCAGUGCCUUUGAGAGAGUGAUGCGCAUGACACCCAUGGCCAUGGAGUCCCAGUCCAUGGAUUUCUCCCGCCGACUUAGAGAGCUUGCUGGAAACAACAACUCCACUCCACCGCUGUCACCGAGCCGUGCCAACCCUAUGCAUCGCCUUCUUAAUCCCAACCCCUUCCAGCCCAGUCCGAAGUCGCCCUUUCUGAGCACCCCUCCACUGCCUCCCAUGCCUCCUAACAGCACCACCCCACCACAGACACAGGGCAAGACAAAAUCCUGUGAGUUCUGCGGCAAGACCUUCAAGUUUCAGAGUAAUCUGGUUGUUCAUCGGCGAAGCCACACGGGCGAGAAACCCUACAAGUGCCAAUUGUGUGACCAUGCCUGUUCUCAGGCUAGCAAACUGAAACGCCACAUGAAGACCCACAUGCACAAGUCUGGCUCCAUGACGGGGCGCUCUGACGAUGGCCUGUCCACCACCAGCUCACCUGAGCCAGGCACUAGUGACGUCACCGGGGAGGGUAUGAAGAACAGGGAUGGCGACUUCAGAGGUGAGGGCAUGGGCCCUGACAAUGAAGAGGAGGAGGAGGAGGAAGAAGAGGAGGAGUUGGAAAAUGAGAGCAGGCCUGAGUCAAACUUCAGUAUGGACUCUGAGUUCAGCCGAAAUAGGGAAAAUGGCACAAAGCCACCCUCGGAUGAGAAGAACCUCUCCUUGGGGAAGAUGGUGGAAAACGUAGGGCUCAGCUCCAUCCAGCAGUACAAUAACUUAAUAGUCGACAAUCGGAAAAGGCUUCCGUUCUCCAAAAGGGUCUCAGAGGGGCAGAGGGACAUGGGUGACGAUGAUUCAGUAGUGGGGGAAAUGGACCAAGUGGAACGGGCUACUGUGAACGGAAGGAACUGUGGCUCAGGCGACUCUUUCUCAGGCCUGUUUCCCCGCAAGCCCACUCCCAUCACCAGUCCUAGCCUUUCCAACUCCUCUAACAAGAGGAUCAAAAUCGAAAAGGAUUUGGACAUACCCCCAGCCCCCCUAAUCCCGUCUGAAAAUGUCUACUCCCAGUGGCUAGUGGGCUAUGCAGCAUCCCGCCACUUCAUCAAAGAUCCCUUUCUUGGCUUCACCGAUUCCAGACAAUCUCCAUUCGCCACCUCCUCGGAGCACUCCUCCGAGAACGGCAGCUUGCGAUUCUCCACGCCGCCAGGGGACCUGCUGGACGGGGGCCUCUCCGGCCGCAGUGGUACCGCUAGUGGAGGCAGCACCCCGCACUUGGGCGGGGGGCCGGGACCGGGCCGGCCCAGCUCGAAAGAGAGCCGGAGGAGUGACACCUGUGAGUUCUGUGGGAAGGUGUUCAAGAACUGUAGCAAUCUGACAGUGCACAGACGCAGCCACACAGGCGAGAGGCCCUACAAGUGUGAGCUUUGCAACUACGCCUGUGCCCAGAGCAGCAAGCUCACCCGCCACAUGAAGACACACGGCCAGCUCGGUAAGGAAGUGUACCGCUGUGACAUUUGCCAAAUGCCCUUCAGCGUCUACAGCACGCUCGAGAAACACAUGAAAAAGUGGCAUGGGGAACAUUUGAUGACAAAUGAGGUCAAAAUUGAACAAGCAGAGAGAAGCUAAGCCAGAUUUCCUAUUUUGCCUCACAAUUCCUUGAUUAUAAAAGGGGUAGCUGGAUACUCUGUUUUUUUUUAGUCUGGGUUUUUUUUUUUUUUUUUUUUUUUGCUUUAUUUUAUUUUAUUAUUUUUUUUCAAGUUAAUGGUUUGAGUUAGUUUGUCCUAAUAAACUGCCAUCUGAGAAUGAUAAAGACAUUAAAGAAGAGGAAAAUGCAAAAAAAGAAAAAAAAGAGGGAAAUUUAAUUUGGAGUCGGUAUAAACCGCCUAUCUAUGAGUGGAUACAUUAGACAAUAUUUUAAUGGAGCCUUUAACUGUGCAAUAAUUUCUGUAUUUAUUGGAUUUUUAAAAAUGUUUUGGCAUGUGCAGGUUCAUUUUUAUUUUAUCUUUUUUUUUUUUAUUCCAUUAUCUUAUGAUUUAUUUCAAAUGCUGAGAUUUUGUUGUUUUUUUUAAACCAAGAGACAUCCUGAGAUUUUUGUUUGUUUUUAGCAAAACAGAGUAUCGUUUGAGAAAUCCAUAGGCCGCUGCUUACGAUGUAGAUUAUUUAAGCUACACUUGUAAUUUCUUGAAGAGAAGCCGCAUUCAAUCUUCAAAUUUCAAAAGCUGAAAUGAGAAAGCUAUGUCUUUCUUUUUGUUUUCCUUUGUUUAUUAUUCAUACUAAAUGAGCGGACAACAAUCCUUAGACCUUGUAGCACGAACUGAUUAAGCAUGUCAAUCUAAUUGGGAAUGUAGCACUGAAUAUCAGUUUUAACAGUAAAUCUAAAGAGGACUGUGGGGCUGAAAACCUCUGUCUACUCGAAAUCAAGAAGAGAAGACUAUAAAAACAGACAAAAGCGAAGGCAGCUGCUUAUCGGUACCUAGUACCGACCCAGACAACGCUAGUCAUAGGAUGGAUUGUGUUAUAGGUCUCAAUAGUGAAUUUUAAUUGCCAGCACCCUUUCCAUAGACACUGCACUUAAUGAAACCCGUUUGAUUUUGCUGAACAGCACAAUAGUGGUAGAAGGAAGACGGCUUUAAAACAACUCAGGGUGAGCUGCAUAGCUACUUCUGCCAAGUCUGCCAUCUGAUCUCAGCCGUCUUCUCUGAUAAAGCAGUCCAGUCCUCUGGUUCAGCUCAUUCACAACCCUCGUCUCAUCUCGUUAUGUCUCCACACUUCAUAUUACACUGCCGAUCACCCCUAAUGUCAUGAAUCAACUCCAUCUUUCACAUAAAAGUGGCUUGUCAUACUACAUUGUUGUUAAGUUAAAGGGACAGACAUUUAGGCCAGAGGAUGAAGCAGUUUUCAUACACUAGGAGGGUGACUUACACACACACACACACACACACAUAAUACGCAGGAAGAGAAAGAGAGAGAAGGGUCUUUACAGUCCAAUUCGGGUUAGUAAACCUAAAAGCACAUUAGUCAAAUGCAAGGCAGCACCACUGUUCUGUUUCCAUUGACUGACAUUUAAAUCUAAACAUUGUUAUUUUGUGUUCAGUUCUGUUGUUUCAUUUUUUGGGUAUAUUAGGGGCUGCGGUCCUAGAGGGAGUCACCACUUUAACCAGAUUAGAUUAGAAUUAAUUCAAUUAUACGUUCAGCAAUGUUGCCAUUCUAUUACAAUGUUUCUUAAAUCACUUGAAACAGCCCUAUGCAUUUUUGUACAUAUAUAUAUUUAUCAAUCAUUUUGAGAAACAAAUUUAUACUGCACAGUAAAUCUGAUUAUAGUUAAAAACGUAUAUGACAUUGACUUAUCUGGUUAAUCUGGUCGUAUCCCGUGUGUCAAAGCCAUCAGCAGGUAUGCAGAUUAGUCAAUUGCACAGUAAAGAGUGUAUGUCAUGACCUGUUGAGCGUGUGCUAAAACAGUAAGACAAUUUUUUUCUUUCUUUCCUCUCAUUCAGGACUUCCUGUGAUGUGUAGUUGAACGCAUUCUCAGAAGUAGCAACACGCUUACAGAAUGCACAGCUGAAUUUUCCCUUUUCUUUUCUCUUCUAUCCAACUGAUUUAUUGCCAGUUAAACAGCCUUCUUUCGACAAGAUGCCCUAACCAGCGCAAACGAUUGAAGCGAGGGAAUAUUGUGGUUUAAAAAGAGCAAAGCAAACUAAUGAAAUAGAAAGAGAGAGAGAAAGAAAAGUAAACAUACACAGCUCUUCGCAGUUGACCCGCACUUUAUUAUUUUGAUUUGCAUAUUUGAAAACAAUGGCGAAAACGGCUUCUGAGCAAGAAAUUAUGUUAAAAAACGGAUUUAUUAGGCCUUGCUAGAGGGAGCAUCUGAGAUUGAAGUGCCAGCGUUGAUAGGCUUGGCUUUCACAAUGCUGGCACUAUAAAAAUGAAAUUAAUUUAUUUGGACAGUUUUUGUACUGCCAUUCAAUUUGACAUGAGUGUGCCUUGAAUACUGAUCUUCCUAUUUAUUGUCUUAUAAGACAAAUGCUACACUUUUGUGAUGCAAAGAAUUGAAAAAAAAAAUAAAAAUUGAGUUCAUGUGGUUUUAAUCUGCUUCUAAAAGAAUAAUGAUAAAAACAGAUACAUAGGUCAUUUAAAGAAGUUGAACUAAAAUGAGAAGUAGCCAGCACAAUACUAACGUGUGUCUAUGUGUGUAUAUAUGUAUGUAUAUGUACAUAUAACUGCACAAAAACACACACAAUAGACAAAUAUAUAUAUAUGUAAAAUUUUUCACUUCAGGACAGGACUGCGUCCCUUGAAAAUAAUGGAUGAUUCUUUUGCUACGAAUAGUCAAAGAAGAGACUGGACAAAAAUCAGGAACUACAGAAACUUUAAAAAAAAAAAAAAAGAAAAAAGAAAAAAAAGAAAAAAGUAAAACGUUUAGUGCACUCUGUCUUAAAAUACGUUUACAGUAUUGAAACAAGUACAAGGGUAAAAUGAUAUUUCUGUGUAUGUGUGUUUUAAACAAACUUUUUUUUUUCCCUUUUUUUUCCAAGUUUGCUUAUAAAGUUUCUCUGAAUGCCAUAGUGGCGUGUGUAUAUUGGUUUUUGGUGAUGGGAUUUUAAGUAUAUAUAUAUAUAUAAAAAUAUAUAUAUAUAUAAAAAAUAUAUAUGACAUUUCUCUUGUUUACUGUAAAAGUAUACCAGUAUUUGUAAUAUUGGAGAAUGCCUGGGCAAUUUACAAAAAAGAAGAAAAAAAAAAGAAAAAAAAAAGGAAAGAAAAGAAAAAAAAUAUUAUUUUUUUUCCAAAUUAUCAUUUCUUUCCGUCUUUUUCAUUUUUUUUUUUUUUUUUUUUUUUUUAAAGAUUCAUUUUACAGUCCAAUUUUAAAUUGUGGGUCUUUAAAAUGUUUUGUCACUGUAACUGUAAAAGUCUUGAGUUUUAGUAACUUUUCUGCCUUGGGUGUAAGAAAACAAAGAUUAAAUUGAUUGAAAGAAAAAUGCAAUGGGGCCAGCGACAUUUACGUAUGGAAAGAUACUGAGGUUCCUGUCAUGUGUAUCUUUCUGGUUUCUUCUUCAGUAAUGAAUUUUCUUAAUGGCUGGAAUGAAAUACAUGUGUAGGCACUAUGAUGUGUUUAUGUGUGUGUGUGUAUAUAUAUAUAUACUGUAUAUGUACACACAUUUGGCAGGAUACAAUUGUGAAAAUUGAAAUUAAAAAUGUACAGAUGAGUUUAAGAGGUUGUCUGACCUUUUACUGUAGCUACAUAUACAACAGUAAAUGUUUUGUUCACUCUUAUCUUGGUUGUAAAUAAUUUUAUAUGCUUGCCCAGACUUUGUUUAGUUUUCUCUCUCUUUCUUGAUCUCCCUUCCCUUCCCCCUCCCACCCUUUUCUUGAUUUUUUAAUUUUUUUUUAAUUUGUGUGUUCUGACUAGCACUGGCAGCAGUCUGUCUUUAUUUAAACAAAGCCCCUUCUGUCCUCUGAUUUGGGGGCGUAAUACCUGAUUUUCGGGGCCUGCAAAGUUCAGGUCUUUUAGCAUGAGAAGAAUAGAGCACAAAUACAAAAUGUUUUACUUGUCCAAAUCAUUAUUGUGUCAUCGUUUUCUGAUCGGGAAGUAAAGAAAAAGGUCUGGAAAGUUUGGAAGGUCUUUCUCUCUCUCUCUCAGUCUCCCUCCCUCUGCACACACACAUACACACAAACACACACACACACACAGGAAACAGGCUCGCUCAUAAUAUGUCUAAAAAUAAUUGACACGGGACUUUCAAACAUGUAGGUAACAGGAUAGCCGAGCCAAACCUUGCUGUAUAUGAUCUUCUCUUCAAUUGUGUGCAAUUCACAUCAAAGCUUUUCGCCUCCAACCAAAGGCUACAAUUAAACUCAUCAAGAGCUACUAAAACUGACCACACUCAUACAGACACGAAUCAAUCAGCCUGACCCACCAUGUAUACUUUCGAACCCUUUCCCAGAAUGUAUUAACCUCUAGUAUCUGCAUCUUAAAAAAAAAAAAAAAAGAUGUGGCACUUUGUGGAGGUCAGAGAGCUCUGUAUGACUGUUUGUCCACUCAUUUAUACAGUACAUUCAUCUCAAACUGACAAUUAUGUUCACUUGUGUUAUACUAGUUGUUUUUGAAAGCUGCCCUUCUGUGUAUAAUUUAGUCUUUUUUUUUUUUUUUCCUCCCGUAUUUCUUCCAAGCAUUAGAAGCUGAUGCCCCUUGUUUGGACUGAGGCAACUUUGGUAUGCAGGUCUUGAAUAAAAAAAAACAAGAUUUUUUA